AUGGUCAACAUUGCGCCCAGGAGCCCAUGGCGUGUGCUGACGGGGGUUUCUUUGACGGUAUUCACCUUUACUGGCUUAACUCUGUUCUUCGUCAUUGUUUUAAAGCAUCUCGACGUUGGUUUUUUGACAAAUUCCCGACAAUUAGCAGCAACUAGCCAUGGUACGGACGGCAACUUGUCUCACUACGGAGAACUUGAGGAUGAUUCAUUCGCGCUGCAUCCGGAGCAACACGUCUUUCGCGCGCCACACACAAUCCGUUUGGGCUGGAAUAUCACCAGAGAAGCACGCAGGCCGGACGGAGUACUUAAGGAUGUGUACCUCAUCAACGGCCAGUUUCCGGGCCCGACCAUAGAAGCAAGAUCGGGCGAUACAAUCGAAGUGACUGUUGCCAAUGGGAUCGCCCAUGACACUCAUGAUGGCAUUGCAGUCCACUGGCAUGGCCUACUGAUGAAAGGCUUCAACGACAUGGAUGGGGUCGUCGGGGUAACUCAAUGCAGCAUCUCUCCGGGCCAGUCAUAUACUUACAAGUUUGAAAUUCACAAAGAGCAACAUGGCACGUUUUGGUAUCAUGCGCACUCGGCCGUCAAACGGGCGGAUGGCUUGUACGGCGGGCUAGUGGUACACAAGCCGGCAGACAGCAGGGCAGUUCAAAGCGACGCUUCUCUCUAUGGAUAUGAGAGCGAGAAGAUGUUGCUUAUUGGCGAUUGGUACCAUUUGCCGGCUGAUAGAGUGCUUGCCGAAUACAAGGAUUUUCGAAAUUUCGCCUACGAGCCUGUGCCAGAUUCAUUAUUGAUCAAUGGUGCUGGUUCCUACAACUGUAGCAAUGCGAGGCCAGGGAAACCAGUCGACUGCGUCGAGACAGACGCUCCUGAAGUCAAGGUUCCUGGUAACAAGGCUGUCCGGUUACGCAUAGUCAACACGGGUGCUUCAGCUGGUUAUUCGCUGCAGCUCGAGGGCGCAAGUUUUCAGCUCAUAACAGUUGAUGGUGGCACAGCCGUAUCGAGAUCUACACCGCAAUCGUCUACACUUGGUGUUCUCUAUCCGGGGGAGCGUAUGGAUGUGUUAUUACUGUCCGACGAAGCAUCGCCUAAUAGGAACAAACCUCACAAUUCAACUAUGAAGAUAAUACUUGAUCUAGAAUUAAUGCAACUAAUGAAUCCGGCGCUCACCCGGAUGCAAUCAUUUUCUCUUUCAUGGAUACCGUCCGCAAAGACAGAACAUCAACGGCAAGGCAACCCUCCCAAGGUUGAUAUCUACAAUAUUCAAAAUGCCGAGGGGCUUCUCAUACCCGAGGAUGCACCCCUUCGAAAAAACCCAGUCGAAGUCGCUUUGCUAUAUACUAGCUUGAGCAUCAAUUCCUUCAAGAACGAUGAACCGUGGGGUGAGCUCAAUCACACAUCGUGGACGUGGAAAGACCCCCAAGCAAGACCUCUACUGGCAAUUGAUAGAACUGAGUGGGAAAAUGGUACGGAGCAGGCGAAUCCCCUCCGAACGUUUCGCGUUCCUCGAUAUGAAGCCGGCGAAGACCGUUGGUUCGACUUGGUGGUGAACAAUGUCGAUGACAAGGGCCACCCAUUCCACUUGCAUGGGUACGAAUAUUAUGUUCUAAGUUCACGGCAGGGUGAACUUGGCCGUCCGUACAAUCCGUUUGAAGGCGACCACAGCGCGCACCGUGUGAACACAAACACGGCGCUCAAAAAAGAUACCGUCUAUAUAAAACCACGAGGUUAUGUCAUUUUGCGAUUUCCGCUAGAUAAUUCUGGCCUAUGGCUCAUUCACUGCCACGUUUUAUGGCAUCAGGCGGUGGGUAUGGGCGUUGUUCUUCAGGUUGGCAAUAUAUCCCAGACAAGCGCGCAUAAAGCAGAGAAAUCUUGCCAAAAGUAA